AUGAUGAUCGGGAAGUGGUUGGGAUCUGUAAGAACCGCUGGAAAGUGUGAAGGUAUGUACUACGGCGUGAGGACGAUGGUUGGAAAAGCCUCGAACCGAUCGGGUGUUCAUGGUUCCAGGACUCCCGACGCUAAAUCACUUGACAAUGAGGAAGAGAUUAGGGAGAGGAUUAAUAAAGGGAAAGAAGACAAAGAACAGAGAAGAAGAGAAACCGAGAAAAAAGUUGAAGGCUCGCAAAGAGAAUCCUCUGGCGACGAUGAUGCCUCCUCCUCUGCCCGGUGA